AAAACAUUCCGAAUUCUGUUCUGAGCAUCACCUGACGACGUACAUAGCAACCAUCCUCAGACCAGCUUUACCUAUCGACAGAGAAACAGUGCCCCUUGUGUAGCAGAGAUUUACAGCAUUUAAUAGCGAUUUUACAUCAUUUAGCAGCAUUUCACAUCAUUUAGCAGCAUUUCACAUCAUUUAGCAGCAUUUUACAUCCUUUAGCAGCAUUUUACUUCAUUUAGCAGCAUUUCACAUCCUUUAGCAGCAUUUUACAUCCUUUAGCAGCAUUUUACUUCAUUUAGCAGCAUUUCACAUCGUUUAGCAGUUAUUUCAACAGAGUUUUAACUCUAUUAUACAAUGGCUGCACUGUUUGUUAAAGAUCUUCACCCUGAAGUAUCUGAGGUGAUACUUUCGAGUAGAUUUAGACCUGCAGGACACGUCCAGUCUGUCCACAUUUGCAGGGACAGGAAGACCGGCUCUCCUCUCGGAUAUGCGUACGUCAACUUCCGCUAUCGAGAUGACGCUGAGAGAGCCAUCAACAUGUUCAAUUUUGAACUGCUCCUGGGGAGACCCAUGCGCGUCAUGUGGUCUCACUGGGAACCCACCGCCAAGCCCAUCAAGGGAGGAAACAUUUUCAUUAAGAACCUUGAUUGGUCCAUUGACUGCACCUCCCUCUUCGACACUUUCUCUGUGUUUGGGAGGAUCGUGUCGUGCAAGGUUGUGGAAUCAAAACGUUACGGGUACGUUCAGUACGAGUCAGCGGAGGCGGCGGCGCUGGCCAUCGAACGGCUGAACGGGAAACUCCUGAACGACCGCCAAGUCACCAUCGAGUACUUCAGGUCUUGGGAGGAGCGCAAGGUGGAGGUGCGCAGGGCCGAGAAGCCCAAGCUGGAGGCACGCAGGGCCGAGGAGCCCAAGGUGGAGGCGCGCAUGGCCGAGGAGCCCAAGUUGGAGGUGUGCAGGGCCGAGGAGGCCACCGCAGAGGUGUGCAGGGCCGAGAAGCCCAAGGCAGAGGUGCGCAGGGCCGAGAAGCCCAAGGCUGAGGUGCGCAGGGCCAGGGAGGCCAAGGCGGAUGUGUGCAAGGCCGAGGAGCCCAAGGCGGAGGUGUGCAAGGCCGGGGAGCCCAAAGCGGAGGUGCGCAGGUCCAGGGAGGCCAAGGUGGAGGUGCGCAGGGCAGAGGAUCCCAAGGCGGAGGUGCACAGGGCCGAGGAGCCCAAGGCGGAGGCGCGCAAGGCCGAGGAGCCCAAGCCAGAAAAGCCCAAGGCGGAGGCACGCAGGGCCGAGGAGGCCAAGGUGGAGGUGCGCAGGGCCGAGGAGGCCAAGGCGGUGGUGCGCAGGGCCGAGGAGCCCAAGGCGGAGGUGCGCAAGGCCGAGGAGCCCAAGGCGGAGGUGCGCAAGGCGGAGGUGCGCAAGGCCGAGGAGCCCAAGGCGGAGGUGGAUAAAAUGGACGCCUUACUGCAGGCAAGAGAAGCUGGUGUCAUUCCGGAAAUCCUGAAGAGGACUUUUACAGAUGGAAAGAAGAAGAGAAAGAAGAAGAAGAAGAAGAAUAAGAGGAAAUAUUAA